UCCUCCUUGUCUCCUGGCGGCUGACAUGAGGAGCUGUCAGCUGGUGAGAGGCAGCGUUGAGCGUUGGUCUCUGCAGCGGAGAGGAGAUGAUGUCUGGCUGCUGGAGUGCUGCUCUGCUGCUGCUGCUGGCGGGGGGGACUCGGGCUCAGAGUGGAGACGGAGACAUGGAGUCCAGAAUCAGCUGCACGUCUCACAUCCUGACGACAGAAAGCAGUCUGAGCUGUCAGCUGGUCGGAGGACGCAACGCCAACGAGGACGACGAAGAUUAUGACGCCGACGGCAUAAAGAACAUGACCGUGUGCUACGACAGAAGACAAGAGAGGAAGUGUCUGGAGGUGUUGGGGGACACCGUCACGUCCUCAGAGCUCUAUCCUUUCCUUAAGUGCACCGUGAUCGUCCACCUGAAGAGAGGAGGACGGAUCACGACCACCGUGAACCUGAUAAAGAUCGUUAAACCCAGAAGUCCUCAGGUGAAGAACGUGACCUUUGACCAGGAGUCCAACCAGGCUGUGAUCCGUAUCCAGAUUCCGUACCACAAAGAGCACCUGACACUAGACAACCAGCUGUUCCAGCUGCAGAUCUGGGCCGCCGCCGGCAGCAAGACGUUUGGACCACCGAUUCAAAACAUCUCCUCCGACACGCUGAAGAUCGACCUGCAGCAACUCCACAAACGCACCCAGUAUCACGUCAGAGUGCGAGCGCUCCCGGUGCGCGGUCUGCAGGGCACCUGGAGCGAGUGGAGCGAGACGUUCAGAUUCUUCACUCCCGCCGGAGAAACAGAGAAACAGACGGAUGAUGGACGGGAGACGUACACGCUGAUGGUGUGUCUCGUCGUUCUGCUGGCGGUGCCUUCAUGUCUUCUUUUCUUCUGGAAAUACAAAAUAUUCAGCUACGUGUGGCCGAGCAUCCCGCACCCCAAACACACGCUGGUUCACAUCUGCAACCCAAAUAAAAGCCUCUUAUUGAACCUGAAACCGGAGGAGUUCAGUGCCCUUAAAGUGGACAAAUCAGAGCCGUGUGACGAGCCGUCCAUCGCUGCUGACACAGCCGCCGUCGACCCAUCAGCUCCUCCCUGCUCCACCCAGAGCUCCUCUUCCUGCUCCAGGAGCACCACCAGCGUCAGCACCGAGGAGCUGGAGCUGUCCGCCCUGCUGAGCGGGAGCUCCUCCUCCGACGGAGAGGACGGCUUCCGGGGCGCCGGGACGUCGUCCCCCGUCCAAAUCCUCCGGCUCGGGGAGAGGCCUCGCACACCUCAGCCCGAAGGCGGCGGCGGAGGACCCGAGGCCGAGGCCGAGGCCUACGUCACCAUGUCCAGUUUCUAUCAGAUCAAGUAAGUCGGGAGGAGGACGAGUGAUGGACAGACACAAACAGAAGACUUUAUUGUCCCCGUAGGGACAACUGUCUUGGACUCAAAUGCUGCACACAUGACACAUUAUCCUGUAGCUGCUUCCACCCUAGUUAUUAUUAUAAUAAUCAUAAUAAGACCAGGAUGUUCAUCAUCCUCUCAAUCAGGAGGUCAGGACCAUAGACCUGUAGACGAAUACAUAGACCUGUAGACGAAUACAUAGACCUGUAGACGAAUACAUAGACCUGUAGACGAAUACAUAGACCUGUAGACGAAUACAUAGACCUGUAGACGAAUACCUAGACCUGUAGACGAAUACAUAGACCUGUAGACGAAUACCUAGACCUGUAGACAUA